CGGAAGUCACAUCAAAAAGUCCUUCCUGCAUCAAGACCGGCAAGAUGGCAGCGGACACGCAGGUUUCAGACACACUGAAGAAAUUUGCCAUAAAAGUGACUACAGCCAGUGUGAAAGAGCGCAAGGAGAUAUUCGGGGAGCUGAAAAAGUGUAUAAAGGGAAAAGAGUUACCAGAGCCUGCCAUCAAAGGGCUGUGCAAGCUCUUUUGUCUCACUCCACACAGAUAUCGGGAUGCUGCGUCGCGCAGAGAGCUCCUGUCUGUCAUUGCCCAACUGGCUGACAGUCAGCCUGACAUCCUGGUGACCAGCCUCCUCCACUCUCUGCUGAACAGUGGCGUCAUCAGCAAAAAUGGAGAGCCCAGUAAAAGCGCAGGCUCUGCUGCCUUCAUCGGCUUGUCUUGGACCUGCCUUUUAGUCCCCAGUGUGUUUUCUGCCCCAGAGAAAAGAGAAGGACCCAUCUGGAAGAAAAUGGUGGAGGUUCAGAGUCUUCUUGUGGCUGAGGUGGUGGGUGGAGCCAAGACCACGGCUCAGAUGUCAAGCCUCAAGAAAUUCAGUCACCUCUUGGAGGAAAACCAUGGACUGGCUGAUCAAUACAUCAGCACACUGUUGAGUCUGGAUCAGAGCCCCACUACUCUGGCCAUUCUCGGGGUGUGCUUAGACUUCUGCACCGCUCAGAAAGACAAAUCUACAAUAGAGAAGCAUAAGAGUGCCCUGUUGGACCUCUACAUAAAAUCAGUCCUUAUGAGCAAGACAAAACCACAGCAGCACAUUUUGGACAAAAGUGGCUCUUUACUGCGCCAUGUGUCCCACUCCGAGUUCAAGGAGCUGCUUCUCCCUACACUGCAGAAGACGAUGCUCCGGAGUCCAGAGAACGCCAUGCAGACCGUUUCCUGCCUGCUGUCCGCUGUAACUCUCGACCUCAGUCAGUAUGCCAUGGAUAUUGGAAAGGCCAUCGCAAGCCAGCUGAAAGCUAAUAAUGCCCAGCUGAUGGAGGAGGCGGUCCAGGCCAUGCAGAACCUGGUCCAGCAAUGCAGUGACCCCUCCGCUGUUCAGGACAUCGUCACGCACCUCUUCAAGAUCCUCGGAGGGUCUGAGGGGAAGCUCACAGUUGUUGCCCAAAAGAUGAGUGUGUUGUCAGGGAUUGCCAGCUGCAGCCAUCAUGCCGUGUCAGGAACCUCCAGUCAGACCCUCAGCUCUGCAGUCACCGUGAUGUUCAUCCCUUAUUUACAACAAGAAGUUCACGAGGGUACAUUGGUGCAUGCAGUGUCUGUGCUGUCCCAGUGGAGCAGUCGCCUCACAGUGGAAGUUCCCACCGCUCUGCUGGAUUGGUUGAAGAAAGCUUUCACCCUCAAGACCUCCACCUCUCUGGUUCGACACGGUUACCUUCAGGCUAUGCUGGGGGCCUUCAGAGGUGACACUCUGACCCAAGCCUCAGCCCUCAUGCCUUUGCUCCUCCAAACAGUGGAGAAGGCUAUGGCACAAAACUCCCAGCAUGCUCUGCUCGCAGAAGGCGUGGCAGCGUCUGUUCUUUUGUGUCGACUGGCACUGCUGGAGACACAGACAGAGGCAAAGUUCUCCAGCUUUUGGAACCUGAUCUUAGAUGAGAAGAAGCCGCUUUUCACCACAGAGAAGUUCCUCUCCCAGGCCAGUGAGGAAACUCUGCUCACAGUGCUGCAGCUCUGCGAAAGGCUUUUCCUGGACCAUGCUCACAGGCUUAACACCAGCAAAUCACAGAUGUAUCAUCAUGCCACAGUUGCGGUUCUGCUGUCUCGGAGCUGGCGUGUGAGGAAACGAGCACAACAGACAAUCAAGAAACUGCUCUCCUCUCUGGGCGGAUCCAGUCUUGCCUAUGGCCUUCUGGGAGAGCUCCGCGUGGUCAUCAACAAACACAAAGUGUUGCCCCAGAACGUCCUGGUAUCAGAAUCUGGAGAGCUGACUGAGCUGGGUCGCAGCUACAUUCCCCCUCGCGUCCUGCUGGAUGCGCUGUGUGUUGUUUGCUCCUCUGCCGGCCAAUGGGGCGACCCCAACGAAGCAGAAAAAUUGGCUAUGGAGAUCCUCAUCGUCAGUCAUCAUCCAUCCAUAGUCGAAGCUCGCUGCGGCCUCUGGCCUGUUCUGCUCUUCUCCAUGAACAUAAAAGCAGAAGAGUUUAUAGAAAAGAAUCUCGAGGCUAUUCUGCCACUUCUACUGGAGGUCAACGCUGACAACCAGGCGGUGAAAAACGCCGUUGGUGCCCUCUCCAGACUCUCGCCCAACAAGCUGUUACCGCGGGUAAUCACUCAUGUCACCGAGGGGCUUUCCCGACCAGCUCUACUCCACGUCACCAGGGAGGAGUACGCCAUCAUGCUGACACCCGAGGGAGAACUGUAUGACAACAGCAUCAUCCAGAGCGCCCAGAAGGAAAGCACCAAGAAAGUCAACAUGAAGAGGGAGAACAAGGCCUACUCCUACAAGGAACAGAUAAUUGAACUGGAGUUACAGGAGGAGCUUAAGAAGAAAAAAGGCAUCAAAGAGGAAUUGCAGCUUACCAGCAAACAGAAGGAAAUGAUGCAAAUCCAGCUGGAAAAGGAGGCAGCUAUUCGCAAAAGACUUCAAGGGCUGGACGUGGAGUUGCAGAGCGUGGUGGGUCUGCUGGAUGCCACUCUGAUAGCGAGACCUCCUCAGAUCACCAGGGAGCUCCCCUCUGUCCUCCAGGUCUUAACACCGCUGAUGCAAUCCCCUCUGGCUGCUCCACGAAUCCAGCAGGUCUUCUUGGACAUCGGAGUGUGCCUCAUGCCCAAACACCUUCACUCUCUAGCUGUGCUGGUGGGACAUGUGACUUUACGGUUGCUGAAGCCAGAGUGUGAUCUGGACGAGGCCUGGGGACAGGAGGACCUGGACACAGCAGCCCACCGCACCAUACUGCUGCUGCACAACCACACUGUUGCACAGAGGGAUGCCAAGACUGGUGACAUGGCUCCGUUGUCUGCUCCUGCUUUCUCCUUCUGCUUCCCCCUCCUCAACGCCAUGCUCAAGGAGUCUUCAGGCAGCACCGAGGAGACUGAGAACUUGAUGAUCAGAGCGUUGCAAGUCGUCACCGAGCACUCCCAGCUUCGGGCUGACACAGACAGUGAUGACAUGGUUAUAGAUGAGAAUGGUCCAGAACUACUGCCGCGUGUCAACAUGCUGCUGCUACUGACAAGAAUUAUUUCCACAGCCACCCCAAGACUCCAGGUGUUGGCGGCUCAGUGCCUGACAGCGCUGUGUGCCAGUGCUGGAGGAGGGGACGGCUGCACUGUGGCAGAGCAGCAGGAGAUAGACGUCCUGCUCAGCGCCCUGCUUUCACCCUGCUUCUCUGUCCGGGACGCCGCCCUCAGGGGAUUGGUGGAGAUGGAGUUUGCCCUGCCCACAGACAGCACAGAGGCCAGUGGGCUGAGUUUGCUGCGCAGGCUUUGGGUUGCCAGGUUUGACGUUGAAGAGGAGGGCCGAGCCUUGGCUUUAAAGUAUGUGUUAUAG